CGAUGCCGAGGACGACGCCGGCCCCACUUCCGUUUCCGGGUCGCUCCCAGCUCGGGGCGAAGCGAGGCGUGUUGGGGGGGCGGGAGGAGAAGCAGGAGGACUCGCUCGCCGUCGGAACCGCCAUUGUUGCCUGACCUCGCUAUGCCCAAAGGAGGUAAAAAAGGGGGCCAUAAAGGCCGAGCACGGCAGUACACAAGCCCGGAAGAGAUUGAUGCCCAGCUGCAGGCUGAGAAACAGAAGGCCAGGGAAGAGGAAGAGGAGCAAGAGGAAGGAGGCCCUGGGGCCUCUGGCGAACCCAAGAAGAAGGAGAAGUCGCUAGAUUCGGAUGAGAGCGAGGAAGAAGAGGGCGAAGACUAUCAGCCAAAGCACAAAGGAGUGGAAGGCAUGAUCGACAUUGAAAAUCCCAACCGCGCGGUGCCAACCUCUAAAAAGGUUACUCAGCUCGAUAUGGAGAGCCCGCGGGAAUUGUCGCGUAGAGAACGAGAAGAGAUUGAAAAACAGAAAGCCAAGGAAAGGUACAUGAAGAUGCACCUGGCGGGGAAAACGGAACAGGCAAAGGCCGACCUCGCCCGGCUAGCCAUUAUCCGGAAACAGAGGGAAGAGGCAGCCAAGAAGAAGGAAGAGGAGAGACGAGCUAAAGACGAAGCAGCCCUGGCAGGCAAGCGGAUGCAGUCGCUGUCUCUCAACAAGUAAAGGCCGGCCACCCAAGAGGAGGGAAAUCCCGGGACUGUGCCUGGCCUGGCCCCCUUUGGACUCGCUGCAGCGUCCUUUCCCAGAGUGGCUGCAGGAGGGGAGGCAGCCACAGCGAUGGCAGCCUCACCGUCACCUCUGAACAGAAACGGACGGCUCCGUGUUUGUCUUCAUCUGGGCACAGAAAUUCCAUGGGAUUACUUUUGGGGGGGGGGGGAACGGGG